AUGGCGGGCCGGAAGCGCGCGGGGCCAUCGGCGUGGCCGGAGGAGCGCGGGGAGCGGGAGCAGGGGCUGUACAGCCUGCACCGCAUGUUCGACAUCGUGGGCGCCCACCUGACGCACCGCGACGUGCGCGUGCUCUCCUUCCUCUUCGUCGAUGUGCUGGACGAGGCCGAGCGCGGCCGCAUCCGCAGCGGCCGCGACUUCCUGCUGGCACUGGAGCGGCAGGGCCGCUGCGACGAGAGCAACCUGCGGCAGCUGCUGCAGCUGCUGCGCAUCAUCACCCGCCACGACCUGCUGCCCUACGUCACGCUCAAGAGGCGGCGCGCCGUGUGCCCAGACCUGGUGGACAAGUACCUGGAGGAGACGUCCAUCCGCUACGUGACCCCCCGCGCCCCUGGGGAGACCCCGCCUGGGCUUGGGCACCCCCCCAAAUCAGUGCCUGCCCCCCACCCUUCGCUGUGCUGCCCCCCGGGGGGGCCCCAGCUGGGCCCGAAGCGCCCGGGCCGGGCCCGGAGCCUCCUCGGGAACCAGCGGAAAAGGAGGAAGUCGGUGACCCCGGAUCCCAAGGAAAAACAGACCUGUGACAUUCGCCUGCGGGUGCGAGCCGAGUACUGCCAGCACGACUCCGCCCUGCAGGGCAACGUCUUCUCCAACAAGCAGGAGCCCCUGGAGCGGCAGUUCGAGCGCUUCAACCAGGCCAACACCAUCCUGAAAUCCCGGGAUCUGGGCUCCAUCAUCUGUGACAUCAAGUUCUCAGAGCUCACCUACCUGGACGCCUUCUGGCGGGAUUACAUCAACGGCUCCCUGCUGGAGGCCCUCAAGGGCGUCUUCAUCACGGACUCGCUCAAACAGGCCGUGGGCCACGAGGCCAUCAAGCUGCUGGUCAAUGUGGAUGAGGAGGAUUAUGAGGUGGGACGCCAGAAACUCCUGAGGAACUUGAUGCUCCAAACGGCUCCCUGAGAGGAGGAGGGGGGGGUCCUGCCUCUUUUUUUUCCUCUGCCUUUUCCCUCCCCCUUUUUUUUCUCCUUUUUCCCUUGUUUUCCCUUUU